AACUAUUUUAGAAACUGUUGAAAUUAAAAUUAUUUAUUAGUGGUUAAUUUUUCAAAACGAAAAAAAAAUGGAUCAAAUGUUACCUAGUCCUGGAUUUAGUAUACCAAGUAUAGGUACUCCUUUGCAUCAACCAGAAGAGGACCAACAAAUUUUACCUAAUGCUUUACAACAGCAGCAGCAACAACAACAGCAACAAGCACAGCCACAACAACAAUAUCAAUUACAACAAUUGCACGCAAUGAGUCCAAAUAUGCAAAGUGGAAUGCUUAUGAUCGGAACACCACAAAAGACUAUGCAUGCUUAUGCAACAGCACCUACAUUUGCAACACCGCAAAGCCUUAUGCAGCCACAAACACCGCAAAAUAUGAUGUCUCCACUAGUACAAAAUACUAGUCAUAUUGCACCUCCAUCGAUAGGACCAUCUACACCAGGUCCCAUGACACCUAUGACACCAGCAUCUGCAGAUCCAGGAAUAUUACCACAACUUCAGAAUAUUGUCUCUACAGUUAAUUUGAAUUGCAAGUUAGAUUUAAAAAAAAUAGCUCUUCAUGCAAGGAAUGCAGAAUAUAAUCCAAAAAGAUUUGCUGCAGUUAUCAUGAGGAUAAGGGAACCAAGAACUACUGCUUUAAUAUUUAGUAGUGGAAAAAUGGUAUGCACUGGAGCAAAGAGUGAAGAGGAUUCUCGAUUGGCUGCAAGAAAGUAUGCCAGAAUUAUUCAAAAGCUUGGUUUUCCUGCAAAAUUUCUUGACUUCAAAAUACAAAACAUGGUAGGCAGCUGUGAUGUGAAAUUUCCAAUUCGGCUAGAAGGAUUAGUACUUACUCAUGGACAGUUUUCUUCCUAUGAACCUGAACUUUUCCCUGGAUUAAUAUACAGAAUGGUUAAGCCUAGAAUUGUUUUGCUCAUAUUUGUUUCAGGAAAAGUAGUUCUAACAGGAGCAAAAGUUCGACAGGAGAUUUAUGAAGCGUUUGAUAAUAUUUAUCCCAUUUUGAAAAGUUUCAAAAAGCAAUGACUUUAUAUUUUAAUAAAUGUCAAGGUUAUGCAUUACACAAACAAAUUGAGGAUAAUGUAAGAAUAUACCGACC